GGGGUUUGCCUAGGUGCCGGCCCUCUUCCCGGCGCAUUUUCCCGAACCUCGCGAGAUCCGCCUGGCGCAGCCUCUGUUCCCUGAGUUUUGGCAGGACUGAGACCAGCCAGGGCGAGCCAAUAGCAUUUCAGAGUUGGCGGCCGCGCGCGCUCAGGGGCUGCUAAGCCUCGCGAUACCAGGACCCACUGGGGUCGCUGAUGUUACGGGGUCGCGCCGGGUGUCAUCUUGGCUGCGGCUCUGUUAGUUCCACAGUCCGAUGCUGCGGUCGGUUUGCUUCUUUCCCACCGAGAGGGAAGGCAGAGGAAGUGCCCCGCAGGCGGAGUAGGGAGAAUGAGGACCAACCGAAGGUUAAACGGCCCUGCAGGCGUCCCCCGGCUCUAAAGCCAGGCUCUCAGCAGUGGUUGAAGUGGAGGCCGCUGCAGCUUGAGCAGCGUCUUAGGCCGAGCGGAGGGAUGGGCAUACUGCUCCCGGGCCAGAGACGUUUUAAGAGGAGGCGGAGGGUCAUGGCUCUGGAAGACGAAAUGAAAAUUCUCGAUAACCUGGAGGAAGGCGUGAGUAAAGGCGGCGUGGGGCGCCCUUUGGGCGUCGGUCAGGCAACCACACGGAUCCUGAAGCAAAACGAGAAGGCCAUCAGGGCCAGCAUAUUUCGCCAUCUACUCCAGAUCCUGACAGCUUCUUUCCUGACCUACCCCAUGCUCAAGACCCUUAGCCUGCAGCUCCUUUCAGUUGUCACUGGCAGCUAUGUCUCCGGCACUUACUCCAUCGUCUUUGUCAACUGUCCCAAUGAGCAGAUUGCCAGAGAUAUUGCCAGGGCGAUACUGGAUAAGAAGCUGGCUGCCUCUGUGAACAUCCUGCCUAAGGCAUCCUCGCUGUACUUUUGGAAUGGAGAAAUAGAAGAAGCCACUGAGAUCCUAUUGAUAAUAAAGACAAAGACUUCCAAAGUUCGUUUGCUGUCCAGCUAUAUCAGGUUGGUGCAUCCUUUUGAAAUCCCGGAGAUCUUCAGUCUUCCCAUGGACCAAGGAGAUGUGCACUAUUUAAAGUGGCUGGAGGAGGGCAUGGAGGAGGAAUGAGUAGGGGCUCCUUGUUCAUCCUGCUGGCUGCCUCUGGCCUUCAUCAGCUACUCUCUGGAGGAGGAUAGGCUUUUUUUUGCCUCCUAGCAUCUUUGGGUUCCAAGCUUUUGUCAGCACAGAGGAGCUAAGUAACUUGUGAAGGAUGAAGGUCCAAGGUUCCUGAGGCUGGAAGAGGACCCUGGGCCAAACUAAGCAAGAACCCAGUGGAACUUGUCUCGGAAUGCAUCAUAUUUAAAGGUGGUCAGGGGGGAGGGUGAAGAUGACUGUGUGUAGGGGCCAAGGGGAGGUGGCACUGAGGGUGAGGUUUGUCACCUGCAGUCACUGAGCCUAUAUUGAACACCUAGUUAGUUAUUAUUCUCCUGCUUCUCUGAGGAUUGGACCCAAUGACCUGCUACCCAGAAGUGUGUGGAAUGACUGCCACCUUCUAGGGGAACUUGGAAGAGCUGUAUCCAAAAGGAUGAAUUGUUCAUGGAAUUUCAGGGACAAGCAGGAUUAUUUCUCUUAGCUAGAGGAGGUGUUUGUUGUUAUUCUGAGUCCUGAGGAAGGGAGACUGGGUUUCCUCAGUACAUGUAGGACUGGGGGAAUCUUAGGGCUUAGACAUAGCCUCACAGGGUGGGAGCUGACUCUGCUAGCCUGAAUGUGACUGACAUCAGAAGAUCCUGGUGCCUUGUCCAGUGGAGACAGAGAUUCUGAGCCCACUACACUUAACCUUUCCACCUGAGCAUUGGAACUGAGCAUCCUGAAAUAGGAAGAAUCGUGGGGAACUGCUAGCCCUAGGUUUUUCAGACUUGCUCCACAGAGCCCCAGCUGUUCACAGAGGUACCCUGGGGGCUACCUGGGUGGGGGUUAAGGGUAUGAGGCCCCUACUCAUACUUAAGCUGGUACCGAUGUGCUUUUAUUAUUUUUAUGUAUCAAGCUAGGUCUUUGUUAAAAAUUUGUAAACCAGUAGCCUAAGCCAGUCUCCAUUUAGAUUGCUAAAGGAAACUGAACUGCACUGAGGUCCCCAAGGGGGUGGCAUGUUGCCUUACAGAUGGCACAGCCAGGACUGCUCCCUCUGUCUGGUGCUGUCUUAUACCUCCUCUGUGGAUAUCAGGUGGAGGAGGACAGGGAGGGCAGAGCCCUGUGGGGUGAGAAGAGAGACUUGACCUGGCUUUGUCACAAGGUGCCUCCACUCUGGGGGCACCAUGGGAAGUUUAGAUGGGGGUCCACAGACACCUGUGGAAUCCUGUGUCUUCCCAGAGGGAAGAGUGUGUGGGAGGGAUACAGCCAGGCUCUGGUUCUGACACCUUCUGUGCUUCUUGGAUCUGAAACUAAUGAGGAACACAGGGAGGGAGGCUCUCUAAGGGCCCUUCCUUGAAGACCUUUUAGGAACUUUAGGCUGAGCCCCUUCCAAAGGUCCAGAGGUUCAUCUAUGUGAUAGCCAGUGGGAAUUUGGAAGGGCUGCCCCAGGAGAAGAAAGAGAAUGAUAAUGAUAAUGGUGAUGUCCUUUUUUAUGACAGAUAUUUCUGGUGCAGAUGAAAAUCUUGUGUAAAAUAAACCCUACCUGAAAAUCUUGUGUAAAGUAAACCCUACCAAAAAUGUACUUAGGAGCCUAAAUGGACUGCAUGUGUUGCUUUCAGGAUAAAGUCCAAUUUUUUGGUCUGGCUUUCAAGGUC